AUGACGAUCAAUUUUUGCGAAGUUUGCCUCGCAGUUAUUGUCUGUUCGAUUAUAACGAUUGUCUUCUAUGUCGCUUCUUGGUUCACUCAUGAAGAACACGAUGACAACACAUCAAAAGAACCUGGCGUAUCAAAUAUGCAAGGUUUAGACAAUGAUGAACCAGUGGCUCGUAGUGAACCAAAUGAGAUUAUCAAUCUUGAUGCUGAGAAUCGCCUCAUCUCUCCUACGUCUCAAUCCACUGGCAAAAUCGUGAAAGAAAACUCUGAUAUAGAUCUUUUGCAAGACAAAAAUCUACGUGCUCAUAUUGCUCAAAAUGAAUUCGACGACCAGCAUAUUGCUGAUGAUUACGUCACUAUCGAUCACGCGCAUAGUCUGGCAGAAUACGAUGCAGUUGUACAUCCCGAUGGUAAAACUGGUCGUUUGCAUCUAUCGAUCCGAUAUGAUGACGAGCGAAGUAAAUUAAUCGUUCGAUUACUCGACGCGCAAGGUUUAAUACGACCAGAGCAAAUCUAUUCGCCAGAAACAUGCUUAACAUUUUUCUUAACUAAGUCGAAUACAGACGACAGUGAAACAGAAAAACAUACCAGAGUAGUUGUUGAAAAUGCCGCUAUUUCGUGGAACGAACCAUGCACAUUUUGCUCAACAUUUGAGCAUGUGAUUCAAGGCAAUUUAUAUGUUAAAGCAUCUAAUCGUACAGAUCCAGCUGCAAUUCGUGAUCGAGAAGUUACGAUUCCGUUGAACAAUCUUGGAAGUCAAGGUGAAGAAAUCAAUGAAUGGUUUGAUUUACAAUUUGUGCAAUCAACACAUAACUCAACUCAUGAAACUAAAAUUUUCAACGAUCCUAUACAUGGCUGCAUCGAACUGCAUUGGCUGUUAGUGAAAAUAAUCGAUACGCCUCAAUUUCAAAGACUUCGACGUCUCAAACAACUUGGAGUAGCCUAUUAUGUAUAUCCAGGAGCAUGUCAUCAACGAUUUGAGCAUUCACUCGGAACCUGUCACCUUGCUGGUGAAUUACUUUCGCGUCUCUGUGAACGACAGCCGGAGUUGAAUAUCACCUCUCGAGAUGUUCUAUGUGUUCAAAUAGCAGCACUUUGUCAUGAUCUCGGACACGGACCCUUUUCACAUAUGUUUGAAGAAGUUAUUGCCGAACUUCGACCCGACCUCAAAUGGAAACAUGAACAAGCCUCGAUCCUAAUGAUUGAUCACAUGAUAAAAGAGAAUAAAUUGAUGCCAUUUUUCGAACAAGCUGAUCUAAAUGAAAUUGACCUCAUAUUUAUAAAAGAAUUAAUCUUUGGUGUACUAGACGAACAAACAAAUAAUCAAACUUGGCCGUACAGAGGGCGGGAUAUAUCAAAAUCAUUUCUAUACGAAAUUGUCUCGAACAAAGUGACGGGUAUUGACGUUGAUAAAUUCGAUUAUUUCGCACGAGAUUCAUACUAUCUGGGAACCAAGAUCUCCUUUGAACAUCUACGUUUCAUCAAAUUCUACCGUGCUAUUAAAGUAGACGAUGGUAAAUUUCAUCUAUGUCUACGUGAUAAAGAAGUAAAAGCAUGUUAUGAGAUUUACCGCAUCCGCGACGAUCUUCAUCGACGCGCAUAUCAACAUCCAGUAGUGAAAGCAAUUGAACUAAUGCUGAAAGAAGUAUUAAUCAUCGCCAAUGAUCAUUUAUUCUUCACAAAUGCAUUUGAAAAAUGUGAUAUUCGAUUGGCACACACAGUUGACGACAUGUACGCAUUCAAUCAAAUUGAUGAUCAUAUAAUAACGUUGAUCAAACAUUCACAUCAUCCGAAUAUGGUGAAAGCGAAAAACAUUAUAGAAAAAAUCGAAAAGCGAGAACUUUAUCGUUACAUUGGAAACACACACGUGCAAUUCUCGACUAAUUUGAAUAAAGAAGCUUGUAAACGUGCUUGUGAAGAUAUCAUUCGACACUGUCAUUUUGAUGAAAGUGAUCAUCCUUUAACAGCGCGUGACCUGAUUAUACAAGUAGUGGAAUUAACUUGUGGCGAUCGAGGCGAAGAUCCUAUACGAAACAUGUGGUUCUAUACUAAAGUGUGUCCAAACAAAGCAACGAAAAUUUCCAAAGAACAAGUUUCCACGCUUUUACCACAAACAUUUUGUGAACGCGAUAUUCGUCUUUAUUGUAAAAGUCGCGAUCAACGUAUCUGCUCAAUCGUUCGUUGUGGUUUUAAAGAAUUCUGUCUUGCAAAGAAAUAUCCAAUACCUAAGGGUAGUCAACAGUGGACAAUUUUGACUCCGGGUAGUGCACACGUACUUACAACAUCAAUAAGUAUUGUUGAACAACGUCCUGAUUUUAAAAAAUCUGUUUCAUUGUAA